AUGGCCACAAUCAACGAUGCGAUAUCUUCUCUCAAUUACCAAAUCGCAAAGAGUACUUUUGGUAGGGUAUUUCGACUCGAGGGUUCUGGACAUGAUAAAGAAUGCAAAAAGUCAUACUUUUCCCAGGAAAUACGCGCUGGCAUGACUACAUUUUUCACCAUGGCCUACAUAAUUGCUGUCAAUUCUUCUAUCCUAGCUGAGAGUGGAGCAACUUGUGUCUGUACUCCUACAAAAGAUGAUAUCUACUGUGAGCGCAGUGUUGAGUACAGUGCCUGUCUAAGGGAUGUCAAGAGAGAUCUCAUCACUGCUACGGCAGCAGUCGCUGGAAUAGGCUCUUUCAUAUUCGGAUUCCUCACAAACCUCCCAAUUGCCCUUGCACCUGGCAUGGGCUUAAAUGCUUACUUUACCUACCAAGUAGUUGGAUACCAUGGUAGCGGAAAUGUAUCCUAUCAACUUGCACUUAGUGCAGUGUUUGUCGAAGGUUUUAUUUUCAUGGGGCUUUCAUUGAUGGGAAUACGACAGUGGCUCGUGAAGCUCAUUCCCUCCUCAAUUAAAGUCGCCUGUGGAGUCGGAAUCGGAUUAUUUCUCACCGAGAUUGGCAUGUCAUACUCAGGAAUUGGGCUGAUAACUGGUUCCGAUGUCUCCCCAACUGAUCUUGCUGGCUGUCUUCCCAAGUUUAUGGAUAGUCACGGCCGAUGCGAGAGUCACAAAAUGAUGAGCCCUACGUUAUGGAUCGGCAUCAUAUUCGGUGGCUUCCUGACCGCCUUUCUGAUGUCGUACAAGGUCAAGUCAGCCAUGAUAAUCGGGAUCGUCGCCGUUUCAGUACUAUCAUGGCCUCGUGAUACUUCCUUUACCUAUUUUCCGCGAACACCCGAAGGCGAUGAGCUACACGAAUUUUUCAAACAUGUAAUCGCCUUUCAUCCCAUCAAGCACACUCUCGGCGUUCAGGAUUGGAACGUCGGGGUUAUCGGCAGCCACUUUACUCUAGCACUCUUCACCUUCCUAUCCGUCGACAUUAUUGACGCCACUGCGACGCUUUACUCGAUGGCGCGCUUCUCGGGAGUCGUGGACCCCUUGACGGGAGAUUUUCCGCGCUCGACGCUCGCUUACUGCACUGACGCCAUGGCGAUCACCAUGGGCUCGUUUUUCGGCUGCUCGCCGGUCACGGCAUUCAUUGAGUCCGGUGCGGGUAUCAUCUCGGGUGGCCGCACCGGUCUUACAGCCAUGACGACUGGUAUUUGCUUCCUCAUAUCAAUUUUCUUUGCGCCAUUAUUUGCGUCCAUUCCACCUUGGGCGACGGGCUGCACGCUCAUUCUAGUCGGCUGCAUGAUGAUGGUACAGGUUACGGAGGUAAACUGGAUUUUCAUUGGUGAUGCUCUUCCAGCAUUCAUCACCAUUGUCGCUAUGCCUUUCACAUACUCUGUAGCAUAUGGGCUUAUCGCUGGUCUACUAUCCUACGGUAUACUCAAUGGAUUGAUAUUCCUCACAAAGACAAUAUCCAGCGGACGCAUUGAGCCUCCAGACAUAGAUGAAGCCGAGUGUUGGGUCAACAAAACUGGCGUUCAUCCACCAUGGUUUAUUCGAAUUUUGCGUAAAAAAUUAAGGGCUCGGAGGGAGCUCGAUGAGGACAAGCGGAGUUUAAGUGCAGUUUCAGACUCAAGUGAUCCUGAGUGGGUGGAAAUGGUGAAUUAUUCUAGAUAG